AUGUCUGUUGGUAGAGUGAAUCCUGCGACUUUUAAGUUUCAUACUGCUAAAUGGUUGGAAAAGACGGGUUAUGCCCCUCAUGUGUAUAUGUUUAGGAAUUUGGAAAGGGGACAAGUUCUGUACUCUCAAUUUCCUCAGAUCUCACCUGUUCAGAUAGAUAAGUUGUUUAAGAAGGUGAAUAGUUGGGAUUAUAAGAAGCCUUCGAAGAGGAGAGAUCUUUGGAAGUGUAUGUGUGUGGUUAAUAUGAUGGAUUAUGAGAAAAGUGUGAAUUUGUUUCAGAAUUUGAAUAGAUUGAGACAUCUUCGUGAUUUCACUUUUUUGAAGCAAUGUAAUGAUAUGAGGAGGAAGAAUGAAGAUGGACAUGUUUGGUAUAGUGGUAUGUUUAGACCUACUUUUAGUCAAGAGGCAGUUGCUGAUUUAAGGGAAUCUUUAAUUAAGAUGCAAGAGUCUCCCAGAUGGGAGGGUGGACAGGGUGGGGGCAAGAUUAAUGCGACGAUUCAUUGGGAAGAUUCAUGGAGGAUGGGUGAUACAAGUAAAUAUUGGGACCCCGUGUUACCCAAUGUAAAACAUGAAAUAUUAAAGAUAACAGGUAACAAUGCUCGAGAAGAGAGUACGAUAUUGAAAGAGUUGAGUCUUCAAACAUUAGAAAAGUACCAUCGGGAUUCUCCCCUAAUAUAA